GCCCAGUGCAGCAAAUUUUAGAACUUUUGUUUUAAAAUUACUUGAAAAAUUUCUAGUUUACUUUAGUGUACUCUACACCCAUUUAAAAAAAGUAUUGAUAAAUAUGCAAUAUAACGCUCUCACCUCUGAAUUUCCUCUAACUUUGUAAAUUUAUGUAUCCUCAUGUUUGAAAUCUUUCCUAAAGAUCUUUCCUUAAAUUAAAAUUUUGAAAAGAGCGAUUUGAACGAUGAUUUUCGUUCAUAAAAAAUUCUAUACGAAAAUAUGUGAAUUUACAAAAUUAAAGGAAAAUCAGAAGUGGGAGCGUUAUACUUCAUAUUUAUCAAAAUAUUUUUCUAUUAAAGUUUUUUUAGUUUUAGAAAAACAUUUUGCUCGUGUGACAUCACAUCUUUAUACAAAAAAUUAUUUAAAGCCCGUGGAUGCAAAACAGAUUAAUGCCGCACUGCCAAUGGGGAUUGUAGGGCUGCCACAGUCGUCUCGACGAAGUCUCAAGCGGGUUUUUCUCCGUCUUCUCCCGAGAGAUCGCGUAGCGAUCGGAGGUCAAAGUACUCGGAGUUCAGAAUUCGGAGAACCGAGAGAACAGAGAGGAUUACCACGAAUAACGUCUGCUGCGCCGGAUUCUAUUUCCGACGAUGCAACGACGGUGCCUUACGUGUGUCAACAAGAGAUAAAAAUAAGAACAACAGUGUAUUAAAAUGCAAAAG